AUGUCGUCCCUGCCCCUGGAGCCGCCCACGUAUCUGAGCUCCCUCCAGAACAACAUUCGAGCUCGUCCGAUCCCCUGGGAGGGGGCGGUUCGAGCAGGUAACAUCACCGAUGACCACCUGAAGAAAAUCAAGGCUGUGGACAAGGUCCGAAAGGAACAACGGCGCCAGACUAUCGAGGGUGAUGUGGCCGGAUAUGUUGGCUUGCUCGCUGGCAACUCCAACACGAAGAGUGUGUUGGAUCUGGCCUCCAAGAGGUCCGACAUUGUCCAGUAUAUUCUGGUUCUUGCGGCCGAUCUAAUCAACGAUGUUCCGGCCCUGUCCUCCGCCCUAGUCGCCCAUCCCGAUCCUUAUCGACCUUUCCUCCCCUUCUUGAGCCACACGGCCAAUACCGACGACCCGAUCCCUCUGCUUACCUCGACCUUCCUGACCAAGCUUGUGUCGAUCAGUCUUGUUUCCUCUUCCAAGCCUACCGCCCGCGAUGAGGCCGCACUUCCACAGCUCUAUGCCUAUCUGAGCACCCUGACCCAAAAUCAGGACAACGGUCUGCAGGACAUUGGCGUUCGGGAGCUAUCCGCACUCCUUCUGACCGCGAGAUCUCGGGAGAUCUUCUGGAAGGAGCGGACGAAGACGGUUGAGCCCUUGAUAGAAAUCCUACGUGCUGCUACAGGGGGAAAGGAUAGCAGCUCCAGCACCCUGGCGGGCAGUUCGCGGGCGAUCGAGCCAGGUCUUUCCGGUGGAGUCGGUCUUCAGCUCCUGUACCGAGUUCUCCUUGUUCUGUGGCAGCUGAGCUUCCAGGGCGCAUUAGUUGGCGAAGGUCUACAAGCUGAUUAUGAAAUCAUCCAACUCUAUACUCAUCUCCUGCGUCUCUCCCCGAAGGAAAAGACCACCCGGCUCCUCCUUGCGACUCUGCACAACCUCCUCUCCUCUAACCGCACCACUCUACUCCCGGUCGCCAUAUUCGUCCGACUUCCUGCCCUCCUGACCAACAUGUCAGGCCGCCACCUGACUGAUCCCGAUCUCCUCGAGGACCUGAAGUCCCUGUCGGAGAUGCUGGACGAGUAUACGAAGACGCAGACGACGUUCGAUCAAUACGCAGCGGAACUGCAGUCGGGCCACCUGCGUUGGUCCCCGCCUCACCGCAACCCCACUUUCUGGAAGGAUAAUGCGCGUCGGAUCCUGGAUGACGGAAACGGGGCGCUGCCGAAGAAGCUGGCCGAGAUUCUCUCCAAGAGUUGGGACAACGACAAGCAGGUCCUUGCGAUUGGCUGUAACGACGUGGGUCACCUCGUGAAGGAGCUGCCGGAACGACGGGCCCAGCUGGAAAAGUUGGGCCUGAAGGCGCGGGUGAUGGAGCUGAUGGCAGACAAGGAUGAGUCGGUGAGAUGGGAGAGUUUGCGGGCGGUGGGUGAGUGGCUUCGGUAUACAUUUGAUGAUUGA